AUGGAACUCUACAAAAUCACAACAUCAAUUCUAUUGAUGGUGGUUUUAUUGGAGUUUCGUGUAUCUGCAGUUUCAACGAAUAACUAUUUUCGAUACAAAGGCUUGAUAUCGAGAAACCCACCAGGUUGGAUGCCGGCAUUUGAUAAAAAUUUCAAAGACAUGAAGUUGGGAGAUAACUGUUAUGUUUCUUCCAAAGGUAAACGGAAAGGAAAUAAGUGUAGUUGUGACAAUAAGGCUCUGAAGAAAGGGUUACCCUUUCAGUGUAAAAUAAGAUGUAAAGCUAAUUCCAAACAGAAUUGUGGUGGAGAAGCGGCUUUUGCUACGUAUAAAACAGGUUAUGCGUACUAUCCUAAAAAAGCAUUAAAUAAAGCUGGUACUAAAUAUGAUUCAAGUCGUUUCUACAUGGGAUGUUACGAAAACCCACCACGAUUAGGUAAACGACUUGACUUUGGAACAUUAAGGAUGACCGUCGACUUAUGCUGUGCAAGUUGUUUUGACUUGUACCACCACAAUUUUGCUGCUGUUACAAAUGGAGCAUUCUGUACAUGUUUUCUUAAAGCCGACACGUUAAAAAAGAUAGAAGAUUUCCGAUGUCAAAAAGUGAAAUGUGUUAACAACGUUAAACAAUUUUGUGGUGGCGAAUAUUCAGAGAUUCGGGUGUUUAAAAAAACUCCACCAUCAAGUGGCGGUGCUCCUCCUACUACCCGACUGCCUCCACAUUCGACAUAUUUGAGACCAUUUAUUAGACCUAAAGGAUGUUAUGACUAUUUUGAUGGUGCCAAAGAUAAAGUGAAUAAAGAUGUAAAAUGCAACCCAAUGCCAUUACCUGACGGUCAGAUGCAACAAGCAGUCCAAGGAAAAAGUCGGCCAAUGGGAUCUGCUAGAGGAAAACAAGGACCGAACGGAGCUGGUCGAGGAGGUGCUAAACAGAUGGAUCGUGGCAAAUUAGCUGCUGGUAACAAAAAAAAAGAUACUAAAAAGAAGAAAAAAGACUCGUCAGAUGCUACUUUAUAUGGAGUUAGUGGUGGGGUAUUAGCCGUUUUGUUAAUCGGAUUUUGUUGUUAUCGAAAUAGUAAGAAGGCAGAAGCAGAAAAGCUUGAAAAAGAAGAGAGGGAGAAAGAGGAGAGGGAAGAAAGAAAGAGGAAAAAGAAGAAAAAGAAAGAAAAAAAGAAAAAAGAGCAAGAAGAGGCAGCGAGAAUGGGAAUGGCGGUCAAUCCAAGCUAG